UGCUUCCGGUCAUCCGUUUCAAUGGAAAAUCAAGCAAAUUCUUGUAUAAACUUUAACUUUGUGGCGAUAUUCGUAUUCGCAGUUGAAAAGUAUCACAUUGGACGCGAUUUUCUUACCUAAAUCAGCGUUUUUUAAAAACUGGGGUGGAGUUUUGUGUUUGUUAAGUUAUGUCAACUCCCAGUAAAGACUAUGACAUCACAUACAAGGUCCUGGUUAUCGGAGAGUCAAGUGUUGGCAAAACAUGUUUGAUUCAGAGAUAUUCACGACCUGAUGAGAAAUUGGCAAUGGCUUAUGUAACGACUAUUGGUAUUGAUUUUGUCAACAGCGUUAAAAUUGUUGAUAAUGUUAGAAUUCGGCUUCAGAUUUGGGACACUGCUGGUCAGGAGAGAUUUAGAACAUUUACAAAACUACAUUUUAGAGGCACUAAGGGUCUCAUCUUAAUGUAUGAUCUUACAAAUUUGGAAACUUUUGAGAAAUUGACAAACUGGCUGAAAGACAUCAAAACUUAUGAGCUGGAUAAAGAACAACUUAUUGUGGUUGGAAAUAAAAGCGACUUGGAACAAGAGCGACAGGUCUCAAAGGAAAGGGGUGAAAAGCUUGCAUAUGAGUUUGGCUUCAAGUUUUUUGAGACAAGUGCUAAAGAUGGUACCAAUAUUCAAGAGGUUUUUGAUGAGUUAACAACAGAUAUGAAAGAUGCAAAUAAUCCAUAUUUUGUUCCAACAAUUCCAGAUCCAAGAUUUGAAUUGGAUAUGGCAAAAAUUGAAAUAGUUCCCGAUGAACCUGACAGGGGAUUGCGUGUAGUUGAUGAGGGCAACAAGGCAGUAAAACCAUCUGGAAAUUCCUAUUAUUCAUCAUGUUGUGGUAGCUAAUCACUUACGUAAUGUAUAAUACAUAAAAAUGGUUAAAUAGGUUAGCAUCAAUUUGAUGUUUAAAUAGGAUUUACUAUUACAUAUGCAUAUCAUCUAUCAUACAAAAUUAAGAAUUUACCUGCUAUUUUCAGCGGGAUUUUAAUGAGAUUACUGAUGCAGUUUUGAUAAUGAAAUUAGAGCAUCAUGUUAAUUAUGACUGACGGUACUGUACAAGCUUUAAUAUAUUUUGAGUAUAGUAUUUCAUAUUUGUAUAAAAUUAUAAAUUGUAAUGAAUCAAUUUUGAAUGUGUCAAAAAUGACUUGGGAUUAUACAGGGCAGCUGGAGCUGAUGAGAUGAAAG